AUGAUGUUAAAAUUUAGAGGAUUCAAGGCUUCGUUUAAUUUAUUAUCGGGAAAGAAGAGCCGCAAAGAACAGUAUGAGAAACCCAGCGGCACAUCGGUUCUAGGCGCCUAUAGAGGGUACAGCGAGGAAUACUUUGUUAACAGCUACCAGAACAAGCAACAGACAACUCCAUCCUUGGCGAAAUCGAACACGUCGGAACCGACACGAGGAAUCAAACCUUCGAAGAGCACCAGCGACCUGACCAGACAGAACGACAGGGCAAAAGACACGAGAAAGAGCACGAGCGACCUUCCCUCUUCCAGUUUAGAACUGAAGAACGGAAAAGAAAUAAGGAGCAGUGAAGGGGGGCAAAGAAAACUGGACAAGCAGACAUCGACGGAGCAGAAAAAGAAGGACAAGCUGGCACGCGACAGUGAAACAGAGCAGAAGUCGAGAAGGAAAGAGAACGACGGUAUUACUCAAGACAGAGGGAGUAAAGAAGUUCAACCGAGAAGGGAAAAGAAGAAGACGCCGGCGCCGCGACCGCCCGUUUCCAAACACUACCCUAGCGACACUCUAGAAGGUUCUAUAAGCCGCAGUAGCGGACCGCCGCCGUACUCCGCGGAACUGGUGCCGACCCCAAACGAUGGGUCUGGCAACACCAGCUUCGGCAAGCAGGUGGAGGCGCCCAACAGCUGGGAUUUAGUGUCACAGCACAGGCAGCAGUUGAGAAAGCCCCAAGCGCCGGUUCCCCGCACUUCAGCCACUGUCCUCGACCUGGGCUAUCACGUUGACACCAGGUCUACGGCCGCUCGUGGCAAGGACGACAGCGUGGUA